CAGGCGGAUCAAGAAACCCAUCCAUCCUGAUCCGUGCAUUGUACCUGCGCAUCCUCUCUGAACAGCAAGCAAUGGCGGGGACCUUCAUUGUUCCGGUCCAAAUCAUGGUGGUUUCUCAAUAGAUUCCAAAAAACCGCACAGCGAAAGGGAAGGAAUCACUCUGCUCAGAUGGAGCAGCUCCAACUCCAAGAAACACCCCAGGGAGAUGGAAAUCUCAAGGCCGCCCCAGAUCCCGGAUACGGGGACGGCAAUGGCGGCUGCUUCGCUCCCAAUGGCACCCUCCCCUGCGGCUGGCUCGGUCGUCUGUCCCGCGAGCUGCAUUGGAGCUUCGUGCUCGCCGUCGUCGCCGUCUACGGCGCCUGCCAGGGCGUCGGCUCCUCGUUCGGCAGCGUCGCCGCGGGGUACUACUGGAAGGACGUGCAGCGCGUGCAGCCGGCCGCCUCGCAGUUCUACCAGGGCGUCGUCAACGUGCCCUGGGUCGUCAAGCCCCUCUGGGGCCUCUUCACCGACGUCGUCCCCGUCGCCGGCUACCGCCGCCGCCCGUACCUUCUCCUCGCAGGCGUCAUGGGCGUUUCGUCCAUGCUCACGCUUGCUCUGCGCCGCACGCCGGCGAUCGCACCGGCGUUGAUGGCGUUCACGACGCAGGCCGCGGGCGCCGCCAUAGCCGACGUCGUGGUGGACGCCAUGGUCGCGCAGAACAGCAUAAGCCACCCUCCGCUCGCCGCCGACAUGCAGAGCCUGUGCGGGUAUAGCUCCUCCGCCGGCGCAUUGGUGGGGUACUCCAUCAGCGGCCUCCUCGUCCACGCGAUAGGCUCUCAGGGUGCUCUUGGCUUGCUGAGCAUCCCCUCCGUGCUCGUGUUUUCGGCCGGGAUUCUUGUCAAGGAGGACAGGGCCAAGGAUUUUGAGUACAACCAGGUUCACAAGAAGUUCUAUGAAGCAGUUGAAUCAAUGUGGGCAACAUUGAAGUGCCCGCAAGUCUGGAGGCCGUGCGUUUACAUGUUCUUGAUGUUCGUGCUAAGCCCGGACAUCCAAGGAGGGCUGUUCUACUGGUACACAGAUUCCAGCACCGGACUCGCAUUUUCCGAGGGAUUCAUCGGUCUCAUCUACUCGAUAGGCUCAGUCGGCUCGCUGCUCGGCGUCCUGCUCUACCAGAACAUGCUCAAGGACUACCCGUUCCGUGGCCUGCUCCUAUGGGGCCAGCUGCUAGGCUGCCUGUCGGGGAUGAUCGACCUGGUGCUGGUCACCAGGCUGAACCUGAGGAUCGGCGUGCCGGACUACCUCUUCGCCGUGAUCGACAACAGCGUCUCCCAGCUGAUCGGCCAGCUGAAGUGGCUGCCGCUCCUCGUGCUCUGCUCCAAGCUCUGCCCUCUGGGCAUCGAGGGCACCUUCUUCGCCCUGCUCAUGUCCAUCCAGAACCUCGGCCUGCUCAUGUCCGCCUGGUGGGGUGGCCUCCUGCUGCACGCGCUGAGCGUCACGCGGACCGAGUUCGGGAACCUCUGGAUGGCCGUGCUGGCGAGGAACGCCAUGAGGCUGCUCCCGCUGGCAUUCCUGUUCCUCGUGCCUCGCAGCGACCAGAACUCGACCAUCCUUCCCGCGGAGAUGCUGCUUGCGGACGGAGGUUCCGCGGGAAAUGAAGUGAAACCUGGGUCGUCAGGUGUCGUCGAGUUCUCUGUCCUCCCCCGAGAUGAAAAUGGUGAAGUUGUUGAGGCUGAGGAAGAAGAAGUAGAGCUGACCCCGCUCAUGGAGAAGAGCUGACGACUCACUGAAACGGCUGAUAAUAUAUCAAGGCAACCAAUGAAACCGUCCAUGAAUAUCUUGUACGUAGCUAGCAGUAGAUGAAAAGAUGGACAACCAAUUCGUUAAUUGUUCCUUCCUACAGAUCAACCUCACCGCAUCUGCGGCAACAAUUGCACAUUUCCGCCUAAGAGCAAACAAAAGAUUGUACAAUAUUUAGCAACGAACAUGUUUUCCUUUUCGUAAACA